GCAGGGCAGCGGGAGCCGCUGGGCUGGUUUCCAGCCGGGCGGGGAGGGAGGAAUGGGGGAUGAUCGCUCCUAUCCCCUAGCCCCAGGUGUGCAGGCAGGGCGCAUGCACCGCGCCUGGGUGUGGCUGCUUGGCAGGGACGGGGGAGGAGGCGAUGCGGGCAGGCAGCUCCUAAUUGCAUAGCAGAGAGGUUGAAGAGCGGGAUCUGGCGAGUCCAGCUGGUGCGUGUGUUGCUGGCAUUAAGUUACCAAAAAUAAGUCUGAAUUUAGCGGCUAAGCACUUCAACUAUGUCAUCCAGACCUUUUGAAAGUCCUCCACCUUAUCGACCAGAUGAAUUCAAACCUUCUCACUAUGCACCAAGCAACGUUACAUAUGCUGAGGAGAUGCGCUCUCAGCCUAUGUACUCUCAACCAGCAUAUUCCUACUAUCCAGAGGAUGAAGUGCAACACUUCUACAAAUGGACUUCCCCUCCAGGAAUAAUAAAGAUCAUGUCAGUUCUCAUUAUAGUGAUGUGUGUAGGCAUCUUUGCUUGUGUUGCUUCCACAUUGCCUUGGGAUCUAGAAUUCUAUGGAAGUUCCUCUUUGGGAUCUGGUGUAGGAUAUCCUGGAUAUGGUGGUUUUGGAGGCAGUUACAGUGGCAGUUACGGUUAUGGCUCCGGAUAUGGAUAUGGUGGAGCCUAUGGCAUUGGAGGAAAUUACAUUGAGCCCCGAGCUGCUAAAGGCUUCAUACUUGCAAUGUCAGCUUUUUGCUUCAUUGCUGGAAUGGCGAUUUUUAUAAUAAGUGUUACCAACUCAAGCAUGUCCAGAACAAGAAGAUAUUAUCUAAUUGUGAUAAUAGUAAGUGCUAUCCUUGGCUUCUUGGUAUUCAUUGCAUCCAUAGUGUAUGUACUGGCAGUAAACCCAACUGCACAAGCUUCAGGAUCAGUGUUCUACAAUCAACUUGUUGCUCUGUGCAGCCAAUAUUAUGCCUCUACAAAUACAGGAAUCUUUGUGAAUCAAUACUUGUAUCACUACUGUGUGGUAGAGCCUCAAGAGGCUAUUGCUAUUGUGUUGGGAUUCUUGGUUAUUGUGGCUCUUGCCAUAAUCAUAUACUUUUCUGUAAAGACCCGAAAUCAGAUGAAUUAUUAUGGUAAAAUGAACAUUCUCUGGGAUAAAGCAAAGGUUUAUGAAGAAGAUCCCCCCAAUGUAGAAGAAUGGGUAAAAAAUGUAAAUGCAGAACCUGUAGUGGACUACCCAGAUCGAGUUGCCAGUUCCAUGGUUUACUCUGUUUCUGAGAAAGUUAACGAAAAUCGAGUUUAUACAGACACCUACAGAGCUAUGCCGGAGUCUGAAGUUGUUAUUCCGUUAAUGAAGGACCUCACACAGUCAAAUUAUACUGGUAACAGUAGUUAUGAUGGAUCGACUAAGGAACCACCACAAAAGAGAAGAGCAGGAAGACGGAAGAGAACCAACUCUGAUAACUAUGAUGCAGAUUACACCACUGGAGGGGAGUCUUGUGAUGAGCUGGAGGAGGACUGGGACAGGGAAUACCCACCAGUAACAACAGAUCAACAAAGGCAAGCAUAUAAGCGAGACUUUGACUCUGGAUUACAAGAAUAUAAGAGUUUGCAAGCUGAACUUGAUGAAGUCAGUAAAACACUCUCUCGACUGGAUAAAGAGUUGGAUGACUACAGUGAAGACAGUGAGGAAUAUAAGGUUGCUGCUGAUCAGUACAAUAGGAUGAAGGAUAUAAAAGCAUCAGCAGACUAUAAGAACAAAAAGGCACAGUGCAAGAAACUGAAGAGUAAACUGUCGCACGUAAAAAGGAUGGUCAGUGAUUAUGACAAUCGGAGAUCAUAGAGGAGAAAAGAAGGAAACAAUUAGAAUCAUUAAAUAGGUUAUGUCCAGUUUUGUAACAAUGGGAUAUAAAAUGGCUUUGGUUGCAGCUGAGAAGCAAAACCCCUUUUGUCUUAUUGGUUAAAAAACAAACAAAAACCCACCCCACCAACAGCCUCAGUUUUAGUUACCUCAAUGUAACAAAUUUUGAUACCUUGUUUACUAUCGAGUACAGCCUCUAACAAACCAGACAAGGAAUCUGUUCCAUUUUGAAGCCUGGCAUUUUUGCCUGGGAACAAUUCAGGUCCAAGGUUUGUUAUCUAAAAGUUUGACUUAUUUAGUAUUAAGUUGCAGACUUCUCUCUCUCUUCCUCAACAGUGGUUGAGGACUUUAAAUAUUAUUGCCCUUGUCUGCAUAUUGACUCAUUCCCCAGCUUUGUUCUCUACUCCACAUGGUAUGCCCUAAUUUUGAAAAGCAGUUUCCAGAUAAUGCAGCAUCUCUUCUGGCUCCUAAUUGCAACACAUUUGGAUCUGUGUUGCUUACAUAAACAGUAAGCUCUGGGGCCUUAAAAAUUUCACUUCUGCAGUGUGCAUUAUAUCCCACUGUAACCACUCCAUUCGUAGGGUCAUGAUUAAUCAUUUGUUUAGGAAUGAGUUCAGUUGCACAAGUAAGUGUAUUAGAGACCAAUGUAGUGUGUAACUAAUGAAAACGUGAAAUUAAAUGUGAAUAUAUUUGCUUUUUUUAAAAGCAAUCUACAUUUGUAUUUUAGAUUUUUUUUUUUUUAUUGUACAGGCAUGUAUUUAGAAUAACCAGUUAAUCUUUUUAUGGCUUACAUAUGAUUUGUAACUGUGUGACUAUGUGCAGAAUCUGGAUGUUCCUGUGAGCAGUUGUCUUCUGCUAAAUAUGGUUUAUUUAGCAGAACUAAGUCAAUCCAUUGUCUGAUGCAAUUAACUUUGACCAUUUUUUUUAAACAGCCAAAAUGUUUUGAUCAUUGUAAUUAAAAUAGUUCGGUAGGGGCCUAAAUAAACUAAAACCAAAGUGAAGUUCGGUGGUUUUAAUAAAGUUCUGAAUCUUCCUUUUUUAGGCUUAAUUCCCAUGCUAGCUGCUAAUUUUUUGUUUUGUUUUUAAAUAUUCUCUUAAAAGGAAGAGGAAGUGACUCUUCAUGGAAAUUCCAGAACACUUUAUACCUAAUAAAACAAUAUUUUCUGUAAGUUGCACCCUUACAUUUUUGAUGUGAUACUUAAAUUGUCUGUGGUAUAUAGUUUUUUUUUUUUUUAAGUAAAUCAUUUUUCACAUUAACUGCUCUUAAAGGGUAAGCAAGUUUGUGCUUCUAAAAACAUAUUUAGCCUAUGUUACUGAAUACCUUCAAUAAAACCAUUUUACAACAAAUCUGAUUUUACUUUUUUUUCCUUCUGCAUUUCACACUGUUUGGAUGAUGUAAAUAGAUUAGUCCUCUUAGUCAAUUUGACUCUCAUUCUCAUGUGCUGGACCAAUGCUAAUAUAUUUGGGUUGCAAAUAGUACAAGGAAAUAAUGUGGGUUUCUUUUAAUCU